UUGAAAACAAAAGUAACGGAUUGCGUAUCUUCUGUGGGAUAAUUUUGUGAAAAACAUAAGAAAUAAAACAAAUGAGGAGUGUGACAUACUGAUUUUGUGAUUAUUUAUAUCUAAAUAACACUGAAAAUACAGUUACAAUGCAGUCAACAUCUAAGAACAAAAUUAACGAACUACAAAUGAUAAUUAGCAAGAUGCCAUUGGAAAUAUGCUGCGUGACAGUUCUACCAGAGUUUGGAGUGAGAUGGAGGGAGAUGUCACGUGCAGUACGCAAUGCGCGACUCCCCAUGGCUCCCGCUAGUGUUGCCAGAGUGCUGUGCAGACAUAUUGGCAAGUCGUUACCGAGUGAUGAGAUAGCAGAAAUUGUUGCGAGACUGCGAUUGAAAUUGGUAGCAACGCAACGUAGGACCUGGCAUGUUAUUAAACUGUCGGAACAGAUAUCCGAUGAGCCUGUCAAUGUGCUGGCGAGGCUUCUACCGACGAGAGUUGUGCAAGCCCUCCGAGCAGUCAAGAGUCAGAGGUUCAUGAAGCCCGAGGUUCAAACUGUAAAACUGGGUGAUUUGAUAUAUAUAAGUAUACAAAUGAUGUCUGAUACGAGGGAAGGGAGCGUCUUGUUCGUGGCGACUCCGCCGGGCGAGCCUGUCGCCCUGGUCAGUUCAUUGCAUUCGAGUUUGCUUCGCGCUUGCGUGCAAGGACUCGGCUAUAAGAAGUUCGAAGAUGCAAGUUUAAACGGUCGAGACAUUAAUUCUCUUCUCCGAAUAUACAAUACAAAUCACAACGAACACCCGGACUUCCUGGCCAGCCUCCCCGAGUACAACAUCCUUCCGAUCACAGCCAGAAGUGGUAUAGACUACACUGGUAGGAAGAUGGAUGAGGAAUACGCUAGCCAGAUCCUUGGGCCGGAUCCGCCACAGCUGGCUAGAUUGACAGUUAGCUCGGAAAAAGAGUUCUUUGCACCCGAGCGAUUAAAUAAGAAAAUGAAAUUGACUCUUCAGUUGAAAAGCGAAGACAUUGCAAAGACGUUGCAGUUUUGGGCGGCCAAAGGCGCCAUCUUGCCGACGUCGGACCUCUUUCAGAUAUUUCAUAAAAUUAAAUCGAAUAAGAUACAUAUCGAAGCGGACGACGAAUGAUUUCAUUAUAUUAUUUGUAUUGUUUUAAAAUUG